AUGUUCUUUUCAACAAUUCUCGCAGCAACGGCGGCCUUUUCUUUGGCAAGUGCUCUUUCCUCGUCUCUUCAGCAAGUGGCCGGUUUUACUUCGACACCCACAAAAGCAAAGAUGUAUGUGUAUAUACCGACAAACAAGUUGGCCAAGCCACCGAUUGUCGUCGCCAUACACCACUGCGCAGGCACGGGACCGAGCUAUUUCAGCGAGACCCAAGGCUAUGCUCAAAAUGCCGAUACUCAUGGGUUCAUUGUCAUCUACCCUAGUUCUCCAUCAAGCGGAGGCUGCUGGGAUGUUUCUUCUACGGCAUCUCUCACCCACAACGGUGGCGGAGACAGUCAGACGAUUGUCAACAUGGUCAAAUAUGCCGAAACGCACUAUGGCGGUGAUCCAGACAAAGUUUACAUGACUGGAAGUAGCUCAGGGGCGAUGAUGACCAACGUCCUGGCUGGCGCUUACCCAGAUGUUUUUAAGGCCGGAACUUUAUACGGAGGUGUUCCUGAUGGCUGUUUUUACGUCGCCGGCGCGACAGCUGGAAUGGCCACCCCUGCCUGGAACAGUCAGUGUUCUGGGGGAAAGUUGAUUAAGACGGCUCAGCAGUGGGGUGACCAAGUUCGCAGUUACUAUCCUGGAUACACUGGCUCUCGCCCUAAGAUGUUGAUCUUCCACGGGACCAUUGACACGACACUUUACUAUGCGAACUUUGGUGAGGAGUUGAAAGAGUGGUCCAACGUUCUUGGCGUGUCCUUCAAUCAUAACCAGACCAACACACCCAUCUCGGGCUACACAAAAAUGAUAUAUGGUGACGGCACAAAGCUAGUGGGGGUCUCUUGCUACAAUGUUGGACACACCCCACCUGUGCGUGUCCCCGACGACCUGGCCUGGUUUGGCAUUGCUUGA